ACGAGUUAAAUUAACAGUAGUACUGUACUAGGUCACAAACACACUAUCUUCCGCCGCCUUUAAACUCUUCCGCCGUUAACCACCGUGUAACACUACCAUUGUCGCCGUCCAGGUUCAUCUUUCAGUCGCCGCAGCUACACCUUAGCUCCUCAGGUGAACAGAUCGUUGUUCAGUUUUCCGGUCUGCUUCCUAGACGCGAUAAUGGAGGUUUAUUGAGUCGCGAGUUUCUGCUGUUUCUAAUCAUGUUAUUGCUAAGAAAUUUAAAGCCUUUUUUCAGGCGGAAAAGCCACUACAGCUUCGGUAUUCUCUGUAGAGCAACUACUUUACCGGACCAAAUCACUUCAGAAUUCCACGAAACCUGCUGCCGCAGAACUUUUUGGAGCUCUACUUCAAGCUGCAAUGAGAUGAUUGGAUUGUCAUCAAGUAAUUCUCAAAAUCCUUAUUUCUUUCAUAAUGUUGCUGAAUUCUGCACUUUGUUAGGUCAGGAGAAGGCAGAUGAGUUGUUAGAUAAUGCUGCUGCUAGUAGUAGUGAUAGAGGAAAGGAAACGAAAUAUACUACUAGAGAGAUGGUUGAUUUUACACAGAUUCAUAUUAACCAGCUGCCAAGGGUUUUAAUCAUGGGACGCCCUAAUGUGGGGAAAUCAGCAUUGUUUAACCGAUUGAUACGAAGGAGGGAGGCGCUUGUGUACAACACUCCUACUGAUCAUGUUACUCGGGAUAUACGAGAAGGUGUUGCGAAAUUGGGGAAUUUGAGGUUUAAGGUGUUGGAUUCUGCUGGUAUAGAAGCAGAGGCUUCUUCUGGUUCUGUUCUUAGUAGAACUGCAGAAAUGACAGGAAAUGUGUUGUCAAAAACUCAAUUAGCACUCUUGUUAGUUGAUGCAAGAGAUGGAGUGUUGCCUAUGGAUUUGGAUGUUGGAAAAUGGUUGAGGAAGAAUGCACCUGGAAUGAAAACUAUUGUGGUGAUGAAUAAAGCUGAAUCACUGGAUGAUUGUGAUGGUACACUUGCAUCUGCUGCUGGUGAGGCUUAUAGAUUAGGAUUUGGCGAUCCCAUUGCUUUAUCUGCUGAGACUGGACUUGGAAUGGCUGAACUUCAUGAGACGCUUAGACCAUUACUUGAAGAAUAUGUGCUCCAAAACAACUUAUGUGCUGAUGAGGAGGUACAGGAUAAUGACUCCUCCUCUGAAGAUAUGGAGUGUAAAUUGCCAUUGCAGUUGGCAAUUGUUGGGCGGCCCAAUGUUGGAAAGUCAACCUUGUUGAACACAAUCUUGCAAGAAGAUCGUGUUUUAGUUGGCCCUGAGGCUGGUUUGACUAGAGAUUCCAUCCGCGCUGAAUUUCAGUACGAAGGAAGAACCAUUUAUUUGGUUGACACAGCAGGCUGGUUGGAGAGGACAAAACAACAGGAGAAGGGCCCUGCAUCUUUAAGUAUAAUGCAAUCAAGGAAACACCUUAUGAGAGCACAUGUAAUUGUUUUGGUCCUCGAUGCAGAAGAGAUUGCAAGCACUAGGCGAAGCAUGAAGCAUGUUGAAGUAGUUAUAGCAAGGCGAGCGGUUGAGGAAGGACGUGGUCUUGUUGUGAUUGUAAAUAAGAUGGAUCUUCUAAGAGGGAAAGAAAAUUACAAAUUGUACAAGAGCGUAACUGAAGCUGUGCCCCAAGAAAUUCAGACUGUUAUUCCCCAGGUCACAGGGAUACCUGUUGUAUUUGUUUCAGCUCUAGAAGGAAAGAGCCAGAUAGCUGUAAUGAAUCAGGUCAUUGAAACAUAUGAAAAGUGGUGUUUGAGAUUGCCAACAGCUCGUCUUAACCGCUGGCUAUGUAAGGUAAUGAGCAGACAUUCUUGGAAAGAUCAGGCAGCUCAACCCAAGAUCAAGUAUUUCACUCAGGUGAAAGCUAGACCUCCAACUUUUAUUGCAUUUAUGAGUGGAAAAACCCAGCUCUCAGAUACAGAUUUGAGGUUCCUAACUAGAUCUUUGAAGGAAGACUUUGACUUGGGUGGAAUACCAGUCCGUAUAUUGCAACGAACUGUUGAAGGAAAUAGUAGAACCAGUACCAGCAGCAAGAACAAGCAAUCAGCUAAUAGAAUGAUGGAAAGGGUUGUUUCAGACAAAAGAACAAUCCUUGCUGUAGAAAACAACAGCACCACUUGAAUUAUCCAAAAUUUAGCUUAUCAUACGUGGUCAUAGUUCAAUUCAGAAAAAGAUAGAAAGAGUAUUUUUGGUCUUUGGGAAGGCUUAUAUCCACUUUGGAUUGGGUGCCUGGCAUAGGGCUUUUGGCUUACCUUGUAAACUCCCUCUGCCAUUUUCUUAAGUCUUUUCUCCAUUGUAUCCUAUCAUAGAUGAUGGCCCUCUUUAUUUAUGCUUUAUGUGAAUAUGUCAAGGAAGUUAAGUUUCCUUUUUUAUUUAAUUAAUAUAGGGUGAAAAUCAUUUUGUUUCUUCUACAUGACUGAGUCUUUCAAUGCUUUUGUGGUAAAAGCUCGAGAGAAAUUGUUCUAAAUUAUUGGAGUAGAUUAGAAGAAAAACUACGAGCAGAUUUUAACAGAGGUAUGAAAUAGCUUCUGGUUUGCACACUCUGAAUCCACCAAAAGUAAGAGAGAGUUACUCAAAAUCAGGGGGAGGGAAUCCUUCGGGGUGGUACAGUUGUUUGAGCUUGAAACUUCCAUGUUGGAGGUCUCAAGUUCGAAAACCUCUGCCAGCGAAAGCAAGGAGUUUGCCUUCUGGGUCGAGCUCGUCGGACCAUGCUUGCCUAGUGCGGGUUACCUCGCCUAUGUGGUUUGCGAGCUAUUGCAUAGGAGCGGGGGUUUUACCCAGUGCACACGCAAAGGGUAGCGGCUGCGGGUUUUCCCUGUCAUAAAAAAAAAAAAUCAGCGGGAGGGAAGAAAGUUGAUUUGUUUCAGGGCUAAUGAACACUUGUUUCAAGUGCAUGGCUUGAAGAAAAUGUCAUGUCAAUGCAGAGAAGGGCAAUUAAAUAGCAUGUCGACAUGUUCUAAUGCUGCACAAACUCAUAUUAGAGAGGAUCCUACCAAAUUUGUUCAUCCUCUACUCAAUGAAGACUGCUAUAUGAAGACUUAUUCUAGAAAGAUCAAUCCAAUACUGGAAGAGAGCAAUGACCAGUUGUAGAUCACACUGUUGUGCAUCCUAAUAAGGAAAUGGAGGAGAGGUCGAAAACCAAUUACAUGGAGAAGAGAAUUAGAUGAACAACCAGCCAAAAAGAGAGCAAUUCAUUGCACUUGCAAAAUAUGCCAUCAAAUUGGGCAUAGUAGUGGGAAGAAAACAUCAAGUACAAACGCACUUCUGCUCGUUGCCACGUUGCAUACCUCUUGAUCCACUGCUGUACGGUUAGUGUUUGCUGCUGCAGUUUGAGCAGCAAACAGUUUUCUUCUUCCCGUACCUUUUGAAUCCAGAAGUACCAGCGGACUUUAGUCCUUCCUUCCUAUGUAUAAUCAAUCAGUACUGUGAGUUUUUACUUGCUGUCUCACUCUUUGGUUUUGUUAAACAUAUCAGUAUUUUUCAUGUUAUGUUACAUAAUACAUUCUCAUAUAGACAAAGUUGCGGCAUACAAAUUUCUGAUCUGUUCUUUUAUUUUCAUCUGAAAUGAAACAUGAGUUUCCAA